GUUAUGUAGGAUCUUGCAACAUUUUCUCUGGUGCUUAUAUUAUUUUUUAAUUAAUUGUGUAAAUUGAAGUAUUUAUUUUGAUUUUGAUGGUACAUAGUGGCACACCCUUGAAUACGAAGUAUGUAAAAAAUUCGAAUUUUGACGCCAUUAAUUCGGUAAAGUUUGAAAAGGAAAACACACACAAGAUAAAACAGAUUUGAUGCAAUAUAGCAAGUGUACACUUAAUUGUUAAACAAUUUUAUUUAAUCGAGCACAAUUAUUUUAGAAUGAAACAAAAUUAAAUUAAUAAUUAAAAAUCUGAUCGUUGACUUUGUCACAGAUUACCCCGUUUUAGUAGAAUCGUCACUUUUAUGUUUUAAGGUUAUGGUUAAAACAUCUUCAAAUAUAACGUACGUAUGUAUACAAAUGAGAAAUGUUUUUCUGUCGUUUUCUGUCGUGAAUCAAGAUUAAUAAAAUACGUGGAUAAUAGAUACUUUAAUCGUCGUGCAUUCAUUUAAUUGCAAUUGAACAGUCGAAACGUGGAAAACUCGAACUGUCAUGCAAUUAAGUAAACGAUAACAUUGUCGUGCUGUCAGGAGGUUUUGUGUAGCGUAAGAUCAUAUAAAAAUGAAUGAAAUUACAUUACCGCCUUCACCAAAUUGGUAUUUAAGCCAUAUUCUUGCUUGUUCUUAUAAUGGAACUGUUGCAUGGGGAGCUAGAAAUACAAUUACAAUUCUAAAACUUAAUGAAAACGAGAAAGCAUUGAAUUAUUUUAUAAUACGAAAUGCUCAUAAAGUCAGGGUGACAAGUCUUGCCUUCACUCCUCAGUUUAAAGAAGUAAACGGUAACUUAUUAGCUUCUACAGGAGAUGAUGAUAAAGUUAAAGUAUGGGAUGCAGAAACAUUGGCUAUGGUUUAUAGUUAUUCUUUUGGAGCAGACAAGACAGUUGUAGGUACUGAUUGGUCAUACAAAGCACCAAAUGUAUUAUAUGCUGCAAGCUCUGAUGGUUGCAUAUUAUCAUGGAAUGUUUAUUUUAACAUUAUCUCAUCUAUAUCAUUGGGAAAAGUAACACCUACCUGUCUUUCCUCUUGCCCACAUCAUCCUCGUCUUGUGGCAGUAGGUUCUAAGCGUGGUUUAAUUUAUAUAGUUAAUUUUGAAGGAAAAGGAACAGUAACAUAUAAACUAAGAGGACACGAUACAGAGAUUGUCAGUUUGUCUUGGUGUCCUUCAGAAGAGAAUGUUAUAAAUGGAAAGCAUAGUAAAGACUUACUUUUAGCGUCUGGUGGAAAAGACAGAUCAAUUUAUAUUUGGAGAGCCGGUGGAGAUGGACGUUAUGAAAUGACAAUUUCAUUGCCUGUAAAUCCUAUAGUCCCUUGUCAGCACAGAAGUAAAUUAAGCUCAGGUGUAGGUAACUGGAUCACUGUGCAUUGGAUAGAACCUAAAUUACUGCUUACAAGUUCUUCAUGGAGUGAAUUAAUUUCAUGGGAUUUCUCAACAAUGACAAAAGGCAAACCUAAUCGCAAGCUAGUACAUGCUCAUCAUAAAAGAGGUUUGUUUUGUAUUGCACAUGUACCAGAUCUGCAAGAAGAUUUGCCAGAAGAUUGGAGAAUCAGGAAAAGGUAUAAAAUUUGGACCUUAGCACAAGACCGCAGACUUAUUUGCUGUGCAAUAGAAGAAAAUAAUGUUGAAAUAGAGUAUGAUGUGUACACACAAAGUGGAUAUGUCUAUUGCAUUGCAUCUUGUCCAAUAGAAACUUCACGUAUUGCAUUUGGAGUUGGAGAUGCAACUAUACGAUUGUGGAAUUUAUCAGAAACACAUACUAAUACUUUUGACAUAACAAUUUUGUGGCAAAAGAUUAUGGGAAAGAUUCGUACAAUAUCAUGGCAUCCUGAGAGAGAAAACUUACUAGCAUAUGCAACUGAAGAAGGUCGGAUUGGUGUUUUUGACACAAAUAGUAACAAACCACCUACUUUAUAUAGACAGUAUCAUAGAAAAAUAGUAUACGCCAUUCAUUGGGGUCCUUAUCCUGAGACUGAACAGUACGCUUUGUAUUCUUGUGCUGAAGGCGAAUGCGUAUACUAUGAUCCAGAGCUACCAAAUGAAGAACCUAAAUCUAUAUUCAAGAAAGACUGUACAGAAUUUAGUUGGAAACCAGAUUUUUCUUGUUUGGCAGUAGGAUUUGAGAAUGGAUCUAUUUCAUUUCUUAAUCAGGAAUUAGAAGAGCGUGGAUAUGCUAAAUCUCCUCCCACUGCAAUAGUUCAUUGUUUAGUGUGGCAUCCAGAGAGUACAGCAACAGAUUCAACAUAUUCUCCCAUGAGAAAUUACUUAGCUGUUGCUUAUAAAUCGUGCACAAUAAUCAUCUUUGACUUAUCCAAUUUAAUGAACCAUUUAACAAAACCGGAAGAUCCACCUGAAAAUGGUGGCGAACGGAAAUGCGAUCCAUACAAAGUAAAUGAAGUUGUAGCUUCUUUAACUGGACAUGUUCAUAGUGUCGUCUGUUUAGCAUGGAAUCCAUUCAUUAGCGGACAAUUGGUAUCCGGUAGUUAUGAUUCUACUGCACAGGUAUGGAACGUCGAAACACAAGAAUUAAUAGCCACUUACAAAGGUCAUUCUGGUCCAGUACUGUGUUGUAUGUGGAGUCCGCUAAGUCCCGAUUAUAUCAUAACGGGAUCGUUUGAUUUUACUGUUCGAAUAUGGAAAAUUACGAACAAUAAACCCAUUGUUCCGCAAGAAACAAUACAAAAAAAUCCAGUUAAAAAAGAUAAAAAGAAACAAGCUAAAGUAAACGAAAUCACUGAUGCUUCAGUUGCGAAUGGUGUACCAGAGUUAACUAAUACCAUAUCAGAAUGUUCAAUAUCAAAUGUUCCACAAUUUACACAAAAAUCAAAAACAUUAAUGCUAAAAGAUGAAAGAAAGAAGAAAACCGAAAAAACACCAUACUUUGUAAAAAGUACUAAAACAAUGAAUGAUAAAACACAUUUGCUUAAGUCUCUCAUAAAUAUUGUUAAGAGUGAGAUUCACGAGGAUGUGAACUUAGAAGAAAAUCAUCAUGAUAUACUUUAUCAUAUGACACCAUUAAUAUUUUCAUCAAAAGACAAUUUUAUGUCAUUUUUUACCAGUGAUAAAUGUGCUCAUGCUGAAGAAGGGAGACAUACCAUAGUUACAGAGAUGGAUGUAUGGUGUGAUAAUCUUAAACAAAACUUAGAUAAUGCUGCUAAAGAGAAUCGUCUCACUGAUUUUCUUGUUUCUCUUUCAGUUAGUUUGUCUAUGAAGACAUGGAAAGAAAUGUGUGAAUUAUAUGCAUAUCAAUUAAUAAGCGAAGGUAAUCCUUGCAAAGCGGUAUCUUAUUUGCUUUGUAUACAUAAAACCUCAGAAGCCAUAGAAACGCUUCUGAAUGCGAACUUGCAUAGAGAAGCUUAUGCUCUUGCAAGAUGUAAACUUGAACCUGAUGAUCCAACCCUGACAGAUAUACUACAAAAAUGGGCCAAAUACAGCGUGCAUACUGGCCGUUUUGAAGAAGCAGCAUACAUUUUUGCUAAAUUGAGAAAUUUUACUGAUGUGAUAAAAUAUCUUGCAUUGCGUAAAGAUGCAAGCACUUUAAUAACUGCUGCUGAAAUUGCACUUUUACGUUACGACGAUAUACUCAGUAAGUCUUUAACUGAGGAAGCAAUAAAUUUAGCUUUAGGAAAAUCAGAAUACAAUUUGGUUCGAGAUAUAAUCACAAAGUUUCCGUACUUUAAAUAUCGAGAAGUACAUUUAUUAGUUUUUGAAGAACUUCAGAAAACAGUUGAAAGAAGUAUAAAGCUUGGAACACUACGAAUGUGGUUAAAUGGAAAAUUGGAUGAUGAUAUAUUGCAAAGUUUAGAAAUAAUAUGUAAAAAUUAUUAUUGUUGUUAUAAUGACUUGCGGCAAAGUAACAGUUGUUAUUCCGUUGACGAUGAACAGAUGUUGUGGUUGACUAUUAGUUAUGAAAUUGCAUUGGCCAUGAUUUCUACUGAGAAAGAACAAAAAUUGAAACAUGUAGCUACCGCAUUAGGGGCGAUUACACAAUUUGAAACACUGCAUCGAAAAAAUAUUGAAAAUCAGUGUAACUUUUUGUUGGAAGUUAUUAUAAAAUUAGAUGCUAGAAGUCCGACAAAUACAGAAAGUAUAUUUUCGAAAACUGAUUAUCCUGUAUCAAUCAGUUUACGAGCAUACUUAUGCCAGGCUAUGUUGAAUUGGUUUAUAAAUAACAUAGAAACAGAAGUUAUUGAUGCAGAUAUGCGGGUUUAUAUUGUUUUGAUAGAGGAUUUGUUCGAAGAUGCUCUAAAUAAGCAAAUAAUUAAGUAUUGGUUAAUACAAAAUGAAAUUAAAAAGCUAGAAAGUCAAGUAGUAUCUGCAUUGGGUAAAACGCAAGAAGAUGGUACAAGUGACGAAAAUACAGAACUCCUUGUACAAAAACUAAAUGCAUUAAAAGCUGAGAAGAGACAGCUUGUAGAGGCAUUAGUUUGUGUUCCUAAUCCAGUUAUGGUUUAUAGCAAUGCAAAUGAAUUAGGGAGUAAAUUAUUAGAUGAUACUCUUAAAAGUAGGUAUCUAGAAAUAGUUUCUGCAACAUGGAAGAAAGCUACCUCAGAGAUAGGUAAUUUCAUAUAGCAACAAUUGUAAUGAUUUGCAUGUUUUUUUCGACGACGAAUUUGUUCAUAUAUACUAUCUAAGAUCUUAUUGGAAAGAUUAAGGCAUAUGUUCCUCAAUAUACAUAUAUAUAUCUUGUCUCAAUAAUAUAAUACAGUUUUCGAUAACGAUAAAAAAA